AUGGAUUCUGCCCUUAGGCUAAAAGUGGAGGAGGCCAGAGCUACGUUAGCUCCUCUCCUCGCAGCCGUCGCCACCGCCCGCCUGGCUUCCUGCCGCCGCGCCGCGCCGCCGCCGCCGCAUCUUCCUCACCGCCCACCCCGUCCCGCCCCUCUACCGCCGAUCGUCGCCCCCAUCCGGCCGCCCGUGCUCGGCCGUCCCCCCACCCCCCCCGUCUCGCCUCCCCGCGCCGGCCGUCGCCCCCGCCCCUUGCCGAUCGCGCCCGGCCCAGCCGUCUCCCGCCGCCCCGCCACCCCGGCCUCUCUAGCCGCCGGCCGCCCCGCCGCCCCGUCCCCUCCCUCCGCCGGCCGCUCCGUCUCCCCGCUUCUCCCCGCCGCCAGGCCGCCCCGCCGCCAGGCCGUCUCCGCGUCUGCCUCUGUUUCGAUCUCUGAGAAAAAAAACAUGUCUUCCUCGUCGGGCUAUCUUGCGAUUCCUCGCUGCCCGGUGAUUUUUGAUGGCGCGGAUUAUCCUGAUUUCGCUGCCUUCAUGUGCAUCCACGUGCGCGGUAUUCGUCUUUGGGGUGUGCUUUCUGGCGAGGUCCUCUGUCCGCCGCGCCCCACCGCUCCUACGGCGCCUAUUCCACCGACGCCGGUUGCCCUUGCCCCCAAUGCUACUCAGGAGGUCAAGGAUGCAGCCAAGAGUGCUGAUGAUACUGCUCUGACUGAGUAUGACCGGAAGGUCCAGGAGUAUUCUACAGCUGUUGCGACGUACCGGCUGGAUCUGACUGACUACACUCAGUGGAUAGAUGAGGAUGCUCGUGCUGCUGCUGUUCUCACUUCUAGUGUUCACGCCUCGCAUGUCUGCUGA